GCAGCACAUGGUAAUACAAGUUCAUGUUGAUUGUUGCCAGGAUUGUUGCGUCACCAGAUAUAUCAGGACUCAUACUCUUUCGUACAAAGCUAGCUGAUCUCUCCUCUCUUCCUUGCGUCCUGUCCGAAGUUGCACUUGUCGUGGAUUAAGUUCAAGUGUAUUCGGCUUGACUGGUAGAUUAUGACAAGCUUCCCUCUUGGCUAACUAAAACCAACUCAUAGUCGAGUCGUACCUACUAUACUAGAACAAGACCACAAGAACACUGAGCCGAGAUGUCUACAGCCCCAAACUUAGAACGUCAGACGAGCGACAGUCUGAGUAUUCCUGAUCGCCGUGUCGUCAUCAAAGAUCCCACUGAAAUGCCUCUAGACUACUCCACAACCCCUGGGGGCACGAUGUUUUCAACCACUCCAGGAGGAACAAGGAUUAUUUAUGACCGAAAGUUUCUGCUCCUCAUGAGAAAUUCACCUCUAGCCAGAACUCCACCCCCUAAACUGGCCUCAAUUCCUGACAUCAUCAACGAAGAUGCUGACCCUCCAGAGGAGAAAGAGGAGACCAUGAGUCCAGAACCACCUGCCCCCAGUAAAGGUGUUCCUGAGAAUUCUGAAACAGAGUUGUUUGCAAUGGACUGAGAAAGUUUUCGGAUAAAUAAGUGAACUUCUUGUUGGACAAUGUGUCAUCAUGAAAUUUUUUUCGUAUGUUUUCUAUACAAUAUUAUGUAUACGUGUAUUGCCUUUUUUUGUAUUGUGACUUUUGUGACCUCAGUAUUUAUUCAUUCGAGUGGAA